CAAAAGCUAGCUCAAAACCCUCUUGAAACCUCUCAACCUCAAAAAAUGGCUUCUGAGCAACAGCAGCCAAAGAUUGCUUCCUCAACUCCCCCAGAUGUUACUUCCAAGUCCAUCAUCGUGCAUCCGAUGAGUGGAGCCUUGAAAAAGAGUUUAGAGGGGCCGUUUCAGAUUAUCCCAGAUCUGAAAGAUGGGCCAAAAACCGGGUAUGAAGCCAAGACAGUGAAGGAAGGAUUGUAUGUGAGAGUCGACAUGCCUGGCGUAGAAAUGGAAAAUUUAAAGGUGACAUGGGAGAAGAAGAAAGUCAGCUUUGUUGGUGAAGCCCCUAGAGAAACUGAGAAUGAUGCUGGAGGACGGAAUUACGAAGGGGUACUUGAUUUCAGCUCUGGGCCAGUUGCUAUUUAUGGAGUGAAAACUAAUCUGCAAAAUGGAGUUCUGACGAUGGUCUUGGUGGGUUCUGGUUUCCAGCCUGGGUUCUCUACUAAUAGCCGUCAUUUCGAAUCCUAUGGUUGUAUCAAGGUUUUGGGGAGAGUGAGUAGUGAUACCUUUGUGGUUGUGGACAGACUCUACCUCAGAGCCCUACCAGGUCCGUUUUUAUUGAUUCAUUUGUAUUGUUUUUCUCUAACAUUUACUCUGUUCUUUUUUCUUGUUGCAACAGCUGAGCUUAAAGGGUUCUAUCCAUUCCAAGCGGGCGGAGCAACUGGAACCCUGGAGUCAAAAUGUACUCCUGAUAGAGAUGAUUUCGGCUUUUUCUGCAGGAUUGACUUGCCUGGUGUUUCGAAGGAAGGAUUUUCCCUUCGAACUAAGAACAACUCGGUGUUCUAUGGUGGCAAAGGCGUCAAGGGCUCAGAGCAUGACAAUAACAGUACAAGGACGUAUUUUGGAAUAUUCAGACUGUAUUGUGGGUGCUGCAACGUGAAAGAUGUGCAAUUUGAUAUCAAAGCUGGAGUUUUGAGGAUGCUGACAGUUUCCCAAAAAAUCCAAAUUGCAGCGGGAGUGGAGUACCUACCACUACCACCGAGGCAGCAACAGAGGACAGGACAGCUGGGCACAGAAACCCUCCUAAAACCCCUUUACAUAGAAGAACUAACAAUGGCUGCUCAGGCUGACAAACAACUAGCUAAGACCAAGGCCACUUCUUCAACCACCAAAGGUGUGGCGCCCAGCUGCAGCGCUUCCUCAUCCACCGACCGCCAUCCCCUCACCGGCGCUUUGAAGAAAAGUACAGAGGGACCUUUCCAGAUGAACCCAUACCAGAUUGAGGGGCCAAAAGAAGGCUACGAAGCUAGAACGGUGAAUGUUUAUCCAAGACAGAAGAAAGAAGCUGCAAAGAAGAUGAUGAACAAGGGGUUGUAUGUGAGGGUCGACAUGCCCGGGGUUGAGGAGGAAAAUGUGAAGGUGGCUUGGGAUAAGAAAAAAGUUAGCUUUGUUGGAGAAGCCCCUAAAGAGACGGAUCAUGAAGCUGGAGCUAGAUAUUACCGCGGCGAACUUGAUUUCAACUCUGAUCCUGUGGAGAUUCUGCAUGUCAAAACUGACGUAAAAAAUGGAGUCCUUAGGAUGGUCUUGAAGGGUACUGGUUUUCGGCCUGGCUUCUCUACCUCUAGCAAUCAUUUUCCAGGAAUUGAUUAUUCCCAGAAUGUGGAACACAGUAUUGGGAAUUUGUUACUUCGGCUGAGAAGCAUCCCCCUCAUAGCCCCACCAGUUGAGGUUAAAGGAUUUUAUCCUUUCCAGGUAGCUGGAUCGAAUGGAACUAUGGAGUCGAAAUGGCUCUGUACUUGUGAUAAGAAAAGUGACAGUGGAUUGUUCAUGAGAAUUGACAUGCCUGAUGUCCCAAAGGAAGGUCUCUCCAUGAAAGUCAAGGAUAACUUUGUUUACUUUGCUGGUGAAGGGGUUAAGGGUUCCUACUAUGAUGGCAGCCGAAGAAGCUAUGUUGGGAGAUUUGGUUUUCAGUGUGGGUGUUGUUGGGUCAAGGAAGUGAAAGGCGAAAUUAAAGCUGGUGUUCUGAGAAUGGUUAUUAAGUCACAGAAAUCAAUAUAGAGUCAGACAGCUAAGUGAUUGCGCUUUUGAUGGAAUGCGUGGUUGCUGCUCAAGUCUGGAUUGAUGUUAUUAGGCUAUAUUUAUAAGCAUGCAACUGAUAUUUGUAUGCUACUGGUGUUAAUAGGUGAUAUAUACUUACUCUGGAUUGAGACCUACUCAUUCUGGUUUUUGUUAUACCGUGUUAUUUUCUGGAAUCAAAACGAGACUUGCUUGCACUAUUUGAUUAUGUUGAAA